UUACGCGCCAAUUUGGAUGCCAUUUUUUCUCAGGAGUAACCAACAAAAAUGUUUUAAAAUCUCUAGUUCACAGUCACGUGAAAUUCCCUAGUAGUUCAUCAGCAAAAAAUAAACACCAGUGACAAGUUUAUCCACUCUCUCAUCAGAAAAUAUCUUAAGUAAUAUAUUUUUGUAGCGAAAAUUGUCAGCUGUCUGUGGUGUUUGGUUUGUCUUUGAUCGCCACAGUAACUACCUCACUUCAGUUUAACGUUAGUGGUUUGUUGUGUAUUACGUGCAUUUUUAAGUCGAAAUUCACAAGAAUAAUAGGAAGAGGAGAGCAAACACAGAGAGACGUUAAUCGUCCAAGUCGUUCAAAUGUUUUUCAACAAUCCCAUUAUCUAAGUACGAACUUGUGUAAGCGAACGAAGGUGUACACCUAAAGCGGCUCUCGUUUUCGUCCACCACUUUUCAUCAUCCACCAACACCACCUCUCUACAUCAUCAACGAUCAACCUUCUCCUCCGCCACAAUAUAACGUGAACCAGGUGUCAGUUGUGCAACGGCCGACGAGAUGACUCUUAUAGAAGGAGUAGGUGACGAGGUGCUGAAUUUCUUUAUGAUAGUAGGAACACUCUUUGUAGGAUGGGUAGCCUGGUGCUCAACGAAUAUCGGCGACCAGCCGCUCAUACGCACCGUGCUCAUCCUUCAGGAACGCACUCGCACGCGCAUCGCUGCCCUUAGAGCUAACCCGGUUCAAGUACUGGCCAUGUCUCAGCAGCACCCUACAGACAAUAGUGACAACGAAUCCAGGCAGUCGAAUUCCAGUAGCAGCAGCGAAGUAGAUGCCAGCUGUCCUGACUCUCCUCUACCAGCUACGAGUACAGUCAUAGCCGAGCCAGCCGCAACUCCAGCUGCCACAAAUGAGGAGGUUCUCAUAAGAGCCAUGGAUUCUUUCAAUAAUGAGGAAGCAGAUACCAAAGUUAAUCAAGUUGAAAAAACUUCGACUGAAGCAAGUAAUAACAUCGGAGAAACAAAAACGACAGAAACAAGCAAUGACGCUGCAGUGGCAUCUUCAGAAUCAGAACAGACUGAGGCCAAUGUGACGAAUGACAAUGAGAAAAAUAUUUCUAUAAAGCUGAAAUUCAUAAACGAUGAUCAAAAAUUAGUUACUGGUAAUCUCAAUGAAAUGCUUGGCGACUUCAAAAGGAAACAUUUCCAAUUGGAGCUUGAGUCUAGAAAAUUGGUUCGCCUAGUAUUUAACGGUCACGUUCUUCAGCCCGACGAAAUAACCCUGGAACAGUGUGGCUUCUUUAACAAUUGCGUUGUGCAUUGUUUAAUCCACCAGCCGCGUCCAGCCCCAACUGCCACAACUACGUUAGACAGUUCCUCGCAUAUGUACUUUAAUCCUCCACCUUAUCAGAACAUACCGGCAGGUGCAGGUCUUGGGUCAGCGCAAGCUGAAUGGGAUCUCAGCAGGCUGUUGGUCAGUAUUGUGACACUCGUGUUAGGCCUCGCUUGGUUCUUUAGAUAUCACUAUGCCCAACUGUUUACUAUAACCACGACAGUAGGCUUGUUUGGACUCACAGCGAUAUUCACGUUCUCAUUGUUCGGCCACUUGUUACCAGAUCAAGACAGUAUUAGAAAUAUUGAGUAAAACAAGAAUUUUUUUCGUUCAGUUUCACGUGUGCAGGCUUUAAUUAAUCGGCGUAGGUAAGGAAUUGAAAAUUCGUUGCCAGAAAAACACAAAAAAAGUUGACUUAUCGAACAGAUUUAUUUGGUCUGGAAAGUGGUUAAAUUAAAAGACUAUUGCGACGUUAAGAAGAGGAAAUUUUAACAAGUUUUAAGAAAAUCAUUAAAUGUUUACAAUUUUUUCGAAAGAUAUCCAAAUUUUGUAUUCUCUUUCUUUGUUUUUACCCAAAAAAAGAAUUUAGUGAUGUAAAACUGUGAAAAGCCGACUACAACCAUUGCUGUUAUAUAUUGUAAUAUACAAUUAUUUUCUUUCGUUUGAUUUUUGUUAAAAGGUG